UUCGGUCACGCUGUCAUGAACACAUACGGCUCCAGCGAGGUUCUGGUCCAGAAGGGCCACUUCUAUGGCGUGUAUCUGCUGUGCAGCCAGAGUCCGGAUGCACGAUAUCGUGGCAAGUGCUAUGUGGGCUUUACGGUGAAUCCCAAGCGCAGGAUUAAGCAGCACAAUCGUGGCUGUGACUUUGGCGGCGCCAGGAAGACCAGCAAAAAGGGACCCUGGCAAAUGGUGUUGAUUGUCCAUGGAUUUCCCAACAAUAUUGUCGCGCUACAGUUCGAAUGGGCGUGGCAACAGCCGAUGCUAUCAACGCGCCUUAAAAUGUAUCCCGAAUUGAAGCGUAAAUUGCACCGGGAAUCGCAUUUUGAUUAUAAUUUUCGUAUACUCAAUCGAAUGCUAGGCGUGGGACCCUGGCAUCGAUUGCCGCUAACAAUACGCUGGCUGGAGGCAGACUAUGAGCGGGCAUUUGUGCUGCCGCUGCCACCGCACAUGCUCAUCGUUAGCGGCAAGGUGGCCCUAACCACCUCACAGAAUCGCUUGGAUGUGAAUGCCACGGAGCGAGCUGCAGUCGUCUGGGCGUCAGAGUGCCAUCUGUGCAUGCAGCCCAUUCAGCAGCCGGAGCGUUCGCGCUUGGGCUGCUUGAAUGCCAAAUGCCGCUUGACCUGCCACAUGCUGUGCCUGGCCAACUACAUGCUAAGCGAUCAGCCCGGACACUAUAUACCUGUUGGCGGCGUGUGUCCGCUGUGUGACACACAGCUCAGUUGGGCGGCGCUGUUGCAGCGCCAGAGACUCAGCCAGGGCAGGCAGGAGCAGGCGGACAACGACGAUGAUGAUGAUGAGGAUGAGGAUGAUGAGGAGCCCGACGUGGACAGCGAUGUGCCCGAGCUGGACAGCGAUGUGGAGCAGGCAGCACAAGAUGCCAUCUGUGAGCUAAGUGAUUGAAACUCGAAUUUGAAACUAGGCUUUUAAGAAAUAUAAUAUGGUUAAAUCGUCUCAUA